AUUCUGCGUCUGCUCAGUGUCCGGGGUUAAACUCUGUCUCCAUGUGAAGGAUCUCAAAGUGGACUGGAGCAGAGAAAUGGUUCCAGUUAAACUCCUCAUACUGGGAGCUCACAACACGGGAAAAACAGCUCUGUGUGUUCGUUUCAUAACCAAGCGCUUCAUCGGGGAAUACGACCAUAAAAAGGAGAUGACUUACAGGUGCAGCCGUUUGGUGGAUCAGGAAGCUGUGGAGCUGGAGAUUCUGGACAUAGCUUCUAAGGAGAGCUCUGUGUCGUCUCUGGAGUCGUCGAUCCGCUGGGCAGACGGUUUCCUGCUGCUUUACUCCAUCACACAACGCCUCAGCUUCAUGGAGGUCCCUCGACUCAAGAAACUCAUCGAGCAAACCAAACAGAGCCUGGUUGUUCCCACAGUGCUGGUCGCCAAUAAAUCUGACCUGGAGAUCGGCAGGCAGGUGACGACAGAAGAAGGACAGAGAUUGGCCAAAGAUUUAAGGUGUGGUUUCAGAGAGCUGUCGGUAGCAGAAACUGUUCUAGCUGUGGAAACCGCCGUGUUUCAGCUCAUCAGGUUGGUGUUGGAUCAGCAGCGCCCCCUGCCUGACCGUCGCUCCUACAUGCUGAGUGUUCGCCACGCUUUGACACGAAAACUGACCCGAUCCAAGACCAUGCAGUGGUGACGAAGAGCCAAGAAACGGCCUUUAUUACAGCAGGGACACUGACGAAACUGUGCCUGUUUUCACUACUCUCAAACCAGUAACAGCCUAAUAUUUAUUUAUGCUCAUAAGUAAGGAUGGAAACAGGAAGUUUUCUUAUUUUCAUGCCAUGCAGGUUACAUUGAAAAGAUUUCACUUCUGUCUUCCUCUAGAGGGCAGUGGAGUCUUUAUAUUUGCUGCAGAACCACAGGCUUUUAAAUACAUCAUAUCCUUUAACAAAUCUAUUUAUUCUGUGCAGUUUGAUGUGGAUAAAGUUACCUGUUCCUGUGAUUCUCAGCUGAUCUGUCAAUAGGGCUCACCAACAUCUCGAAAGACCCAAAUUUUCAACCAUUUAAGUAUUUUUAAUGAAAAAUGUUCCAUUUUGGCUCUCGGAUGCUUCUGACAGAGGUGUUACCAUUUCAUUGAGGCACUGAGGAUGUCAAGAAACAAUUGCAGUUCUCCUAGUCAACCCUGGGGGGAGCAAUAACCUUGCUUAAGUUAUGGCACAACAUCACAGUGAUCUAAAAAUUUUAAAUAAGAGUUCAAGCUUUAAUCAUCAUAAAUCAAAGUUUAACUUAUGAUUUCUAAAGCCUGAGGUGUUGAUAAAGGUGUUUUAGAAUCAAAUAUGCCUGGGUGUCAUCUCCAGAGUUCAUUUUAUUUGACAUUUUCAUGUGUUCAGACACCCAGAAGUCAACGCUCUUAAAGGUGCAUCAAUGUGUGAGAUAAAGCUUUUUUUU